AAAUAACAGGCCUUUGGGUGGGGUUAAAAUGAAUGCAGCCACUGGAGGGCGUCUGAGGCAUUUCGGCUUCACUUUUCAACCUUUCUCUAGUUGUACAUCUAUACACGCUCUAUGGUUUCCAGUUGGUUUCUUAUUUUCGUUGAUCUGUUUACAUAUUUUUUUAAAGAGAUUGUGGCAUCUGCACAAAUUCUACGUUAUUAAAACUCAUUCCUUAAUUCCCAGGAAGUCCUUAACUACGGAGCCGCGACCGCACAGAAGAGUUUAAACUUUGUUUUUGAAGCUGCAGAAUGCGACGGAGAACAGGAAUUUACCUAAGUGCAACACGAGCUACAAAAUAAAACAAAACAACCGAGACCGACGGAAAUCGAUAACUCCCCAGGGUUUUGGAGUGAUUAGUACAUGAAUCUGGCUUGUGGUCACAAAGUCGAGGUGUUGCUUGUCUCCAUGGAUACAGCCAGACCUUUUGCCCAAAAGCCAAUCAACAUACUCUUUCAGUUGUGCCCAUGUUAAAGGACUGAGCAAUUUUGGGUUUGUACAACAGAGCUAAACAGUGUGGAUGAGCUAUUCACCAUGUGGAGUUGCACCUGGCUCUGGUUGAGUGUAUGUGUGGUGCUACUGGACACAUGCUUGACACAUAGCUUGUUCACCUGUGAACCGGUGCAGGUGCAGUGGUGUCACAACAUGCCGUACAACAUGACCUUUUUCCCUAACAUUCUUGAGCACUACGACCAGGACAUUGCCGCCAGCAAGAUGAAGCACUUCAUGCCACUGGUUAACCUACACUGCUCGCCAGAUGUGCAUUUGUUCCUGUGCCAGGCCUUUGUUCCAGAGUGUACACAGCAGACACAAGUGCGUCGGCCCUGUAGAGAACACUGUCUGCGUGUUCUCUCUGACUGUACACGAGACAUGUACACCUUUGACAUCACUUGGCCACUGGAGCUAUCUUGUGACAGGCUAAAGCCCUGUCACACCUCUGCAGAUGAAUCUACUGACGUGCCCCAAAAAGACAUAACAACACCCAAAGCAUCUUCAUCAGCCAGUAGAGAUUUGGGCUUCUGGUGUCCCUUACAGCUGAAGACCCGUCCUGGUCAGGGUUCCUCCUUCCUAGGUGCUCAGGACUGUGCUCCUCCAUGUGACAACAUGUACUUCAAAACACACGAGAUUGAGUUUGCCAAGAUGUUUAUCGGCAUCUGCUCUAUUAUUUGCUUGUGUGCCACACUAUUUACUUUCUUUACCUUCCUCAUCAAUGUCAAGCGUUUCCGCUACCCAGAGCGGCCAAUCGUUUUCUAUGCCAUCUGCUACAGCUUUGUGUCUCUCAUUUACUUUGUCGGAUUCCUGCUGGGUAAUGAGUCGGCAUGUAACAAGCCCAGCAUCCCAGGCACUGUAUCCACAGUGGUGCAGGGGAGCCAGAGCAAAGUCUGUACACUGCUCUUCAUGAUGCUCUACUUUUUCUUCACAGCUGGUAUGGUCUGGUGGGUCAUUCUCACAAUCACCUGGUUUCUUGCAGCAAGGCCCAAGUGGAGCUGUGAGGCCAUUGAGAAGAAGGCUGUGUGGUUCCAUGCAGUGGCCUGGGGCCUCCCAGGGAGCCUUACUGUCAUUCUGCUGGCCCUUAAUAAGGUGGAGGGGGAUGGUAUCAGUGGUGUGUGCUUUAUUGGCCUAUACGACCUGACAGCCCUGAGAUGGUUCGUGCUGGCCCCGCAGGCUCUUGGUGUGCUUGCUGGACUCUCACUCCUCCUUGCUGGCAUUGUUUCACUUAACCAUGUGCGACAAGUGAUCCAGCAUGAUGAGUACAACCAAGAGAAGCUUAAGAAAUUCAUGAUACGCAUAGGUGUUUUUAGUGGCCUGUAUCUGCUUCCUUUGCUCACACUGCUGGCCUGCUACCUGUAUGAGCAGGCCCUGAGGAGCAGCUGGGAGAACACAUGGAUCAAUGAACAUUGUCAGGAGUAUAGCAUCCCCUGCCCCUACAGAAAAGUUGAUGCUGCUCGGCCAGACCUGUCUCUCUUCCUGAUUAAAUACCUGAUGAAACUUGUAGUGGGCAUCUCAGCUGUUUUUUGGGUUAGCAGUAAGAAGACCUGGUCAGAGUGGGCCUACUUUUUCAACAGAACACGCAAGAAAGACCCUAUCAGUGAGAGUCGGCGUGUCUUGCAGGAGUCUUGCGAAUUCUUCCUGAAGCACAACAGCCGUGUGCAGCAUAAGAAAAAGCACUACAAGUCCAGCUCACACAAGCUCAAGGUCAUCUCCAAGUCAAUGGGCACCAACACCAGUGCUCAAACAACCAACACCACUAACCAUGACCUAGCUUUCACUACUAGCAACUACUUCAAGGGAACACCUGGUUCAGGGUCUGAGAUGCGGGGUUCAUCUAAAUCAUCUGUACAGGAGCACGCUGCCUCGGGAAAGGUGUCUAGCCAGAGCAGCAAAGAGCAAAAGAGUAGCAAAACUGGCAGUUCCAUUAGAGUCAGUGGCAAUGGGGAGCAUCUGCAGAGCCCCUAAAAUGUUUGAACAGCAGGGGUGUCAAACAUGCAGCCUGUAGGCUGGGACUGGCCUAGUAAAUGUUCUAAUCUGGCCCUACAAAUGAUUUUAGGGUCUUGUAGACCCUAACUCAGGGGUGUCCAAUCUUAUCCGGAAAGGGCCGGUGUGGGUGCAGGUUUUCAUUCCAACCACGCAGAAACCACACCUGAGUCUAUUGAAAGCCAAGAUCAACUGAUGAAACAGGUAGAAUCAGGUGUGGCUCCUGCUUGGUUGGAAUGAAAACCUGCACCCACACCGGCCCUUUGCAGAUAAGAUUGGACACCCCUGCCUUAACUGAAUUGAAAGAUUAAAAAGGGAGCUAGUCUCUGUUAUUCCACUAGGGGCAAAGUAGAGCCAGAAACUCAGCAAUUGAAAAAAGUGAUAAAAUGAUGCUAAUUCUUUAUUAGCAAGCUAAACAUUUGACGCUUUCAACCUUGUCUAUUUCCAAAAGAACUAAUUCUGUGGGGUUUCAAAGAAAUGGGGGGUAAAUACCUAUGCAAAAACACAGCUUUUAUGUUAUUCAUUUGUAAAUAAUUCUACAAACUAUAUUAAUUUUUGAUUGAUAUGGAUUGAGCUAUUUUAUUCUAUUUUGACUUCAAAUCCCCAAUUAAGCCCAUUUCAGUUGCAGGUUAUAACACUACCAAAUUGGGGGGAAAGUUCAAGGGAGUGAAUACUUUUGUGAUUGGCUGAGCCGCAUUAUAAGCCGUUGUACAAUUGAAUUCUGUAUUCUUGCCUCAGGUUUCAAACCAAUAAAACUGCUCCAUUUAAGCCAUUGUUCUGUCCAUAGAAUACCCUAAUCUUUCCCUUUAUGUUAAGAUUACCAUAAACAGACUACAUUACAUGGUGAAACAAUUGCCUUUUUGUUUGUUUUUGUGAAUAUUAUUAAUAAUAACUUAUUUAUUUAACACUGGUUUUUGUCUUAUUGUUUUUGUUGCCAUUUUAUGAAAGCCACACGAGGGCAUGCCUUAAAGUAAUUUACUCAUGGGUAAGGGGGUUUUACUCUGCUUCAUGCUGUACCUAAGAACACAAAAUCACUGUUAUGUGAUUACUCUCAUGGCUUAUAGUUAAUAUUCACAGGCUCUUAUAUGUUGAUGGACUAAGUGUAAUGUGAUGAGUUUGACACCCCUGCUUUACAGAAUAAGUCCAGUCAUGAAUAUAAUUCUGCUAUCAUUUAUUAGUUUGUUUUAGACUUAACCUUACUGUUUUCAGGAUAUAGGUUAUGUGAUGACAUGUGAUCUUGUCAUGCAAGUCAGAUUUAUUUUGGCCACAAGACACUGUAGCCAUCACAACCAGUGCAAUGUUUCCCAGACUGCCAGCUUAACUGUUUUUGUGCUUCAUUUGAAGUAUGAUGCCUAAAUAAGAUGCAGCAUCCUAUUGUUUAUUCUCACUUCAAAAGCACCAUUAUCUGUUUCCCAGUUCUUGAGAAAUAUGCACACACUGCACAGAACUGUUCAUUUUACCUCCAGGUUGCACCAGGCCAUAUCUGAUAUCUGAAGCAUAAAAAAUGUUGCAAUGAAUUAUGCAUGCUCAUGGUUACCACACAUCCCGAAAAACCUUGGAAUAUUGUAAUCUAGUAUUUCAGUCAUAGAAAACCCCUGGAAAAUGAGAAAUUUAAUCAAAUUUUCCGGAAAUAUUACUGAGGUGCUGAACAAGAGUAAACUUGGAUGAUUACUCCACUGUUUUAUAUAUAUAUAUAUAUAUAUAUAUAAUGUGUAUAUAAUGUGUAUAUAUAUAUACACACACAUUCACACACAGACACACACACAACUGAUUAGUGGCUGCUUUUUGGGUUGUUUGUUUCUGUUCCUGAAGUCUACAUGCAGAAUGUACACUGGAUAAAUAGCACUGUAUCUUUUUUUUCCUGUGGCAUAAUUAUGAUGUAAGUGGACUGGAAGGGUAUUAACACUGUGGAGUUCAAGUCUGUCCUUUGUUAGAUAUUUAGUUCACAAUUUAUACUGUAUGUUCAUGUAAACAUUAAUUUCCCUCUGUUAACUAACCUGUAUAAAAGAAUAUUGCAUUUGUUAUAGCUUUGCAUUUUAAAUUGUAAGUAUAACUUAAAUCCUUAUUGCUUAAAUACAUUUAAAUUCUAGGUUUAACACAUUGCAUAUAUUUAUUUCUUGGUAUUUUUUUUAAGAUCAAAAUAGGGCACAAUGCUUUUCAACAAUGAUCAUAUUUUUAUUCAGCUCAAAUGUUUAUUCAAAACAGCCACUGUGUUUGUUCUCAACAUUCAUAUACAAAUAUAAAUUGUGUGGACAUUUCUAAGUUGUGUUUUUGUAAAUUGAAACACUGGACACAAUACACUCUGGAUAGGAUGCAAUUCCAUCGCUGGGCAUCACACCCGUUAGCACACUCAUUCGCACCUAGGGGCAAUUUAGAAUUGCUAAUCCACCUAAUGACACUAUUUUGGGAGUUGGGAGGAAAUUGAAACAAUGCACAUACGGUAAAGGGACCUCAGAAUCUUUAAUGCAGUGCCACUACCUGGUGUGCCACAUAACACAACUUCUGUUUUCUCUUGUAAUCAGCUAAUUAUUAUUAUGCUAGUUUUUAUGUCAGCUUUCUUGUCCAUAUCUUCUUUCUAGUAUCACUAUAAUGUUACAGUAAUCAUUUCAGAAAUGUCACUGGUUUUUUUGUUGUUUUUUUUUUAAUCAUAGCAAGUUAAUAGCUGUUCUUUUCAGUUGUUUCUGAGUACGUUAAAUGAUCUGAUGAUAGUUUUAUUAAUUUACUGCAUUAUUUGUGCUAAUUGAAUGUACUUGUUACUGCAAGCAUCUACACUAUUUUUUGUCUUAAAGAAAAUCAAAGAGUUGUUUUUAAUGUGAGAGAAUUAGGCAGAGUACUGGACAUUACCAAAUGCUUAUUAAUAUUUAGCAAAACUUUAAAAUACAUGUCCUGUUAAAACUAUAUUCUUUUCAAGGAAUUCACAAAUUUGAAAUUUUAAUUUGAAAAUGUGAUGUGUAUUUAUGUGGUAGAGGAAAAAACGAGUCCAUAAUGAGAUUGAGCAGCCUGCUGGCACUCCAACUUCAUGCCACAGUGUGAAAGGAGAAAUGGAUUUAUCUAAUUUUUUAUCUUUUUUUUCAUAAUGUUGGUAUUUUGCAAAAUAUUUUUUUAAUCAGUAUGUAUUCAGUGUAAUUUUAUAUUUUAUACUUUGUUCAUGCUAAAUGUUUUA